AUGGCCCAGGCGGGGGGCCCCGUCAACUUCCACUCCGAGGAGGGCUGCACUGCCUCGCCCCCACCGUUCUCCCACAGGGUGGACCGGAGCACGCGUCCCUGUGGGAAGGAGCCCUGCGCCCUCGAUGCUGACUGCCCCUGCCGCUCCCUCGCCAAUGGGCUGCCAGAGGACUUCCCCGCCUUCGCCAGGAGCUCCCUGAAGCCAGAGCCCCGGCCCCAGGGCAGUGUGUGGCCGUACCCCCGGCAGAGCUCAGCCCAUGCCCUGAAUCACUCUCUGAGUGCUUGGGGCUUCCUUACAGGCUCCUCUGCCCCUGACUCUGCUCCCCUGGCCAAGCCUGUCUGCCCGCUGCCCACCGAGCCGCCAAGGUUGGUGCCCGAGCACAGCCUGAGCCAUGUGGAGGUGGAGAUAGAGAUGUCUCCUCCGGGUGGCCAGAAGCCCGGCUCCUGCGAGACUGGGAUUAUAAAGAGGACGGUGAAGUACUCCGAGACAGACCUGGACACUGUGCCGCUGAGGUGCUAUCGUGAAACCAACAUCGACGAUAUCCUGGCCGAGAAGGAGGAGGUGGAUUCGGCAAUUGAGAGCCAGAAGGACAGCGAGAGCAACCCGAGCUUUGAGGGUACCCCAGGCAGGAGGAACAGCACGCCGGAGGAACCCCCGGCCCCAGGCACUGGCUGCCCAAAGGAUGGGCUGCGGGAUGAGGAUGUGAACGAGAACAAUGAGGUGUUUGAGGCGACGAGGAAAGAGAACAGGGAAAGGAUCAUGGACCGAGACACACAGGGUAUGCUCAAGUCUCCAGUGCCCUUCCUCCUAGGGCACAGCCUCUCCAAGGAUGGCAUGGACUCUUUCAGCAAGCAUUUUGAGAGCAUCAUGGAGUCCCAUCGAGCCAAAGGCACAUCUUACACCAGCCUGGACUCCAUUGACAUCCUCUCCUCCCCAGCCCGCACCCAUGGGACCUUUUUUACUUUUGACCUCCCAACCCUCACCCCAGAAAUACAGGGACAGAUCCGAGACAGCGCCAAGCUGAUCGAGGAGAACUUUGCUCCUCUGGCUCACUUAGAGCCGGACUCUGGGACCAGUUCAGCCACAGAUGCCCCCUGGACAGAGAGGGAAGAGGAGCGGGGGAGACGAAAGAAGGGUGCUCGGCACAGCCCUUGCUGCUCAGAGGACAGCUUUGGUACUCCCUUGGCCUCCAACAUGAGCGACCACCCCCUGAGCCAGCUGGUUUCGGACUCAGACUCGGAGAUGGACAGUGUGGAGCAGCUGGCCCUGGGCAGCACGGAGACCCUCUCCAACGGGCACAAGGCUGACCUGGAGGCCGCCAAACGCCUGGCCAAGAGGCUCUACAAGCUGGAUGGCUUUAAAAAAGCAGAUGUGGCCCGUCACUUGGGGAAGAACAACGAGUUCAGCAAGAUGGUGGCAGGGGAAUAUCUGAAGUUCUUUGUGUUCACAGGAAUGAGCCUGGACCAGGCUCUCAGGUCCUUUCUAAAGGAGCUGGCCUUGAUGGGGGAGACGCAAGAGCGAGAGCGAGUGCUGGCUCAUUUUUCCCAGCGCUAUUACGAGUGUAAUCCCAAUGCCAUCUCUUCGGAGGACGGAGCCCACACCCUCACCUGCGCCCUGAUGCUGCUAAACACAGAUCUGCAUGGACACAACAUUGGGAAGAGAAUGUCCUGCUCCGACUUCAUUGGCAACUUGGAGGGGCUCAACGGAGGCACGGACUUCCCCAAGGAGCUGCUCAAGGCGCUGUAUGGCUCCAUCAAGAACGAGAAGCUGCAGUGGGCCAUAGAUGAGGAGGAGCUGAGAAAGUCCCUCUCGGAGCUGGCAGACCCCAACCCUAAGUCCAUCAAGCGCAUCAGCAGCUGCAGUAACCCCUUUCUGGACUUCUCCCAAGACUCCAGCAUCGCCACCUACAAGCACGGACUGUUAGUGCGCAAGAUCCACGCUGAUCCCGACUGCAAGAAAACACCCCGAGGGAAGCGCGGCUGGAAGCCCUUCCACGCCAUCCUGAAGGGGAUGAUUCUCUACCUGCAGAAGGAGGAGUAUAAGCCAGGGAAGGCGCUGGCGGAAGAGGAGCUGAAGAACGCUAUUAGCAUCCACCAUUCACUUGCCACACGGGCGUCUGACUACAGCAAGCGACCCAAUGUCUUCUACCUCAGGACAGCUGACUGGAGGGUCUUCCUCUUCCAAGCACAGAACCCCGAACAGAUGCACUCGUGGAUCACACGCAUCAAUGUAGUGGCAGCCAUGUUCUCCGCACCCCCCUUCCCCGCGGCCAUCGGCUCUCAGAAGAAGUUCAGCCGCCCGCUGCUGCCCAGCUCCUGCACCAGGCUGUCCCAGGAGGAGCAGGUGAAGAGCCACGAGACCAAGUUCAAGACAAUGUCAGCAGAGCUGCUGGAACAUCGCUCCUCGCUGCCCGAGAAGAAGGUGAAGGGCAAGGAGUACGAGGAAUUGAAGCAGAAGGAAGAGUACCUGGAGUUUGAGAAAUCCCGCUACGGCACCUACGCCAUGCUGCUGCGGGCCAAGCUGAAGGCCGGCUCCGAGGACCUGGCAGCAUUCGAGUCCACCCUCUUUGACGCAGCGGGUGGGGAGGACGAUGGCUUGAAAAAAUCCCGCUCCAGCCCCUCACUCAACGCAGAGCCCUCUGGCAUGGCCACCAAGGUGAAGCGCAAUGUCUCGGAGCGCGCUGGCCGCCAGCCCCCCAGCCACCCCCAGAAGUCGUAA